CAGGACCCUCGCACAAGGCAAAUUAAAACACCGUCAUUCUCUCUCUUCUCUUUAAUCUCUUGCCUACUUCAGGAUGUGGACGGGGAGAAUAACCCCCGGUUAGAGCGAACCUAGGCCGUUAGCUCUACAGUAUUAAUUGCGUUUCCACUUUCCACACUUUCAAGCAACCGCCCCCUUCCGUUCGUCCAAUCUCAGUCCGACUCCGGACGGCGUGCUACGCUUCGGCCUGUGAUCGACAGGGCCAAUUACUCCUGGCUCUUCAUUAUGAGACGCGCAUGAUGAGGGGGCCCGUCCUAUAUGAGGACCGUCUGGUCCGGCAGUCCCGUCGGCGGGCUGUCGUUCGGAAAUUUUUUGUUGUAGGUAGUAUGGCAUUCGCGAUGCUGUCGUUGAUGCUCUGGAUUGGGUAUUUCUGGGGAGUCUCCGGCUCCUCAGUCGUCCAUCAAUCCACGGUUUCCUGCAACACCGUGGACCACGGAAAUCAAUGCUCCCCGCAGAUCUCACACCUAUGGGGUCAAUACUCGCCGUUCUUCUCCCUGGCUAAUGAGUCGGCGUUCCCUGCGGACGUGCCAGGCGAGUGUCGACUCACCUUCGCGCAGGUCCUGUCGCGCCACGGGGCCCGGUAUCCGACAGAAUCCAAGUCGGAGAAGUAUGCGCAGCUGAUCGCGGCGAUCCAGAAGAACGCGACCGCGUUCACGGGCAAGUAUGCCUUUCUGGAGAGCUACUCGUACGAGCUGGGCAGCGACAACCUGACCACCUUUGGGGAGAACCAGCUGGUGGACUCGGGGGUUAAGUUUUAUCGCCGGUAUGCGUCGCUUGCGAGACGGAAUGUGCCUUUCAUUCGGGCCUCUGGGUCGGAUCGCGUGAUAGCGUCUGGAGAAAAGUUCAUCGAGGGGUUCCAGCAGGCGAAGAGGCGGGAUUCUGUCCACCGGGGGGAGGGGAACCAGACGGCGCCGGUGAUUAGCGUCGUGAUUCCCGAGACGGACGGGUUCAAUAACACGCUCGACCAUGGGGUCUGCACGGCGUUCGAGGACAGCGAGCUGUCGGAUGAAGUGGAGGAGAGGUUCAUGGCGGUGUUUGCGCCGGCGAUCCGCCGGCGGCUGGAGGCUCGAAUUUCGGGGAUUAAACUGUCGGACGACGAUGUGAUCAGUCUGAUGGAUCUGUGCUCGUUUGAGACGAUGGCGGCGACACCUGACGCGAGCGAGCUGUCGCCGUUCUGCGCGCUGUUCAGCCACUCGGAGUGGGUGCAGUUCGACUACUUCCGGUCUCUGAGCAAGUAUUAUGGCUAUGGGGCUGGGAAUCCGCUGGGUCCGGCUCAGGGCAUUGGGUUCACGAACGAGCUGAUUGCCCGGUUGACGAAGAGCCGCGUGCGUGAUCAUACCAGCACGAAUCGGACCCUGGACUCGAGUCCGGCCACGUUCCCCGUGGAUGCCGCGUUGUAUGCGGACUUCUCGCAUGACAACCUGAUGGUGUCGGCUUUCUUUGCGCUGGGGUUGUAUAACGGCACCAAACCUCUGUCUCAGACGGAAGUGCAGAGCAUCAAGGAGACCGAUGGAUACUCGUCCGCUUGGUUGGUUCCGUUCGGGGCUCGCGCGUAUAUCGAGGCCAUGCAGUGCAGCGGGGAGUCUGAUUCCCUGGUGCGUGUGCUUGUCAAUGAUCGCGUGGUGCCUCUUCAUGGCUGCAAGACUGAUCGUCUGGGUCGGUGCAAGUUGGAGGACUUUGUUCGGGGGUUGAGCUUUGCUCGUUCUGGGGGGAACUGGGACGAAUGUUUUGACUAGAUCUGUUGAUGGAUUUAGAUUUGUGGCUAGACAGUGCAAUGUAUUUACUGACAUGUUGUGAGUCUUGCGGUUGCCUUGGUUCAGGUAGCGCUAGCAGAGCACUGGAAGACAGAGGGACUGAUAUUGAAUCAUUCACCUGCUCAUGACCCUUCGUUCUGUUACAAGCGAGAAGUUCCAUUUCACAACCAACGUCUCUUUGAUCCUCGCUCCCUCUCUGCCUCUCCCCCACCUCCUUCAUCCAUCUCCUCCCACCUCUCCUCUUCUCCACAGCCAAAAUGACCUCUUCUCGUCAAGAAAUCCCCCUAACCAGCCCCCGCCGCUCCAACUUCACCGAAUCCACCUCCAAACCGAUCAUCGUGAUCGUGAGCCCGACCACCCCAGCAGUCUCAGAAGCAGACUCACCACCAUCUUCUCCAUCCUCGCAGGAACCAUCUUCCCCUCCCCCGGCCCGCCGCUCAUCCUACACCUCCCUCCUGGCGAAGAUCUCUCGAGACGCACAUAUCCUAACCAUUACCUCGCUCGAGUCCCUCGAAGAAACACUGACCCAGCACGGUCCCAAAAUCGCCGGCUUCAUCAUCUCCUCGACGGCAAUCCUCCAUCCAAUCCAUCAUGCACUCGCCAUGCGUCUCGCUGAGCUCGCACACAACAACCACACAGAACCCCCCACCAACCCACCCACUACCUCAGCCUCUAACCCCACCCCCUCCUCAAAAGAAGAAGGCUCAGAAAGAGGCAGAAGAAUCUACACAAUCAUCUUCGCGCUCUCCUUCGCCAGCACCGCCAUCUCCACCCCCCUCCUCUUCGCCUCCUUCAUGCGCACCAUCUUCCACCUCCCCUGGCGUCUCAGCGGGAUGACGAACCAGAAAGUGAAAACGAAGCUGCGCGCCUCCGUGCUCCGCAAACUGGGACAGCGGGUCUACCGCGUACGAUACUGCUUCCGGAGCGUGUUUUUGCGGAAUGUGAAGUUGGCGGAUAAGGUUGUUGUUGCGACGGGGGAGUUUCCGGUGGGUGGGCAACGGGUUUCGACUACUAGUAUGGGUGUGGAUGUGGCUUUUUGGUUGGGGGAUGGGAGUGGGGAUUUUGAUGAUGAUGAUGGAGAUGAAGAUGGGUAUGGAGAGGGAGGGGAUGGGACUGAGACGGCGAGUACGGAUGAGGAG